AUUGAGCGGACAUCAUCGUCUCCACGAGCCGUUGCGUGGCGAUCUGCGGUGAUAGUGAGUGUAAUAGUAAACAAGGGUGAAGUGACUCGAAACAAGUGCCAUCUUCAAAGGGAAAUUUAUGUUUAUGAAGAACCGGCAUCAAUAACAAAACGGAUUCCGCCUCCAGAGUUGGAUAGCAAUAAAACAACAUCGAGAAAGCUAGGGGCAUCCCAGAAGUUAUAUUUAUCAUAAUCAGAAUUCCAGACAACGAGAGUCUGGCGAAACCGGUUUCAAUACUCGAUGGUUGUAUCGUACGUUUGUGUACAACAAAACACGACACGCACUUGUUUAAGUGUUAUAAAUGAUUGUCAGGUGUCAGUGCAUUACUGCGGCUACUGACAACUGACGAAAGGUCUCUUCCGGAUCCGGUUCAUCGAAAUCGGACAAUAAGGGUCAACUAGCCGCGAAGAACGAUCGUGACGUGACAGCAGCAAAACAGUCAACUGUAGAAGGCCGGCUUUGAACAAUGUACACCCACAGUAUCGUUACCGUUACGGUGAUCAGUGGAUUAAUUACAUUUUCACUCAGUUUCACCGUCAUCAGCGGAGAUGAGCUGUACGAAAAUGAUGCCUGCAAAACACGGGACGGAUCGGUCGGGGUUUGCACGAUCAGCAGCAAGUGUCCGUGGUACGUGUCGAACGUGAUCCGCAAAAAGCUUAUCCCCUAUCGGGACGUUGUGAGGUGUGGUUUCCUGCGCGAAGACGAGAUCAUAUGCUGUCCGCGAGAGCAGACAGAAGAACAGAAACAGGAGGAUAAGGGUAACAGUUUAGUUUCGCGUGGCUCCGAUCGCAAGGCGAUCCAAGCGUGUCGGAACUUUCGUGGCAUCACUAAACUGACGUAUCACAUCGUCGAAGGCGAGGAUGCAGAAGAAGGGGAUGUCCCGUUCAUCGCAGCCUUAGGAUACGAGUCUAAUGAACCGGGGAAACGCUACGACUGGGGAUGUGGAUCCAGUUUAAUAUCGUCACGUUUCCUACUGACAGCCGCACACUGUAUUCGCUCGAGCCGUCGACCAGUGGUAGCCCGAAUGGGAACGCUCAGUUUGGAUAUGCCUGAAGACCCCAGAGUCAUACAGGAUUCUUCCUUGAAGAACUUUUAUCCUCAUCCGGACUACACGCCUCGAUUCAAGUACAACGACAUAGCACUGAUCGAGGUUGUCACUCCAUUUAAGUACGACGACAACGUAAACCGAAUUUGCCUUGAGACGAAACUAGCGGAUCUACCACCAACACAAACAUUGAUCGCAUCCGGUUGGGGUCUCACGGGUUAGGGCGAUUCGUGCAGUCUGAAGGAUGGUACCGACGGUUACUGCAGUGAAUCCACCAAAUGUCCCUGGUUCCUUGAAACGAUCGUCAAAAAGAAGAAAUUCCAUGAACGAGUCACCUGCGGUUUCGAUGGAAAAAUUGAAGUCAUCUGUUGUAAGUCGAACGGUACGGACGGCGGUGGACUAAAGGCCGGAUUUCGUACGCGAUUAGCAUGCGAUCGUGUUCCCCAGAUAGAUUCCCGUCUAACGUUCCACAUCAUCGAUGGUGUGGAGGCUGAGGAGGGUGAGUUUCCGUUCAUGGCAGCGCUUGGUUACGAGAACGAAGAGAUUACUCAGGGGUACGACUACCGGUGCGGGGCUAGCUUGAUUUCGGAAAGUUUUCUGCUCACCGCAGCUCACUGUAUUCCGAAGCAGAGUCGACCGGUCGUAGCGCUAUUAGGUACAAACAGCCUCGAUCCGGGGAAUUUGGGAGUUGUGAUACGGAUUAAGGAAUUUUACCCACAUCCCGAUUACCGUACGAGUCGAAGUUACAAUGAUAUCGCUCUGAUCGAACUGGAGCGUAAACUGGAAAACGAACCAAAUGUGAAUCCGAUCUGUGUCUAUAGUGGAACGGAGGAUUUACCGGACAGUGUAGUGUUGACGGCCGAAGGGUUCGGAAUAACUGACGUAGAUCGACAAGCUCGUUCGUCGACGCUGAUGAAGGUCAAUCUUACAACGGUAGCGUUGGAUCAAUGCAAUAAAACGUUUGCCGAAAAUAACCUGCUAACGAACAAUCGAAGAUUGUCCAUGGGACUGAUCGAAACACAGUACUGUGCUACCGGGCUGGAGAAUACCGUGACCAAACAGAUCGGAGACACUUGUCAGGGCGAUUCGGGUGGUCCCUUGCAGAUAGUGGAAAACGAAAAGUUUAAAUUGAUUGGCGUAACUUCGUUCGGAAAUGGAUGCGGAUCGAAUACCCCCAGUGUCUAUACUAGGGUUUCGCGUUACAUCGAAUGGAUUGAGUCUGUGGUGUGGCCAAAGACACCGACUUAGGAAUCGUUUGUAUCACAUUCGCUUGUAUCCCGCGUUGAUGGAGUUUAUUGUAUGAAUCGACCGAUAGGAAUAAACUAUUUUUAUGAUGAAAAACGAUCAA